GGUAUAAAGCUCACGGCUCGCCACUGUAUAAUAGGAUACAUGGCGAGUUAUGCGCAUGUCUGACUCAUACUGCUGCUGUUAGAAGUAUUUCCUCUAAGCUCCACCUGAACCUGCCGGGAAGUCAUGAGCAGUCCGCAGAGCCCCUCUCCACACCGAUGGUUCAACGCGCUGCGAAGAACGGAAAGGUCCAGCAGUGGAGAACUCUUGAUUGGAAUAAACAUGAGUGGAAAAACAAGGGUGUGCUAUUCGUGUCAAAGGAAUGGCCGGUUAACAUGCAGAAGGACCAGGCUGGGGGAGCCCUGUUUGAAGACAUACCCUCUGGAGUGUGAGGGUCUCCUGAGAAGGGCGAGAGUCACAUUUCAAGCUGGACACACCCUCAAAGAGAGCUUCAGAGUGGCACAGCUGGAGGCCGUGGUGCGGAUGCUGGAGGAACACGAGUGUGACUUUGUGGAUGCUCUUGGAAAAGACCUUCAUAAGCCAAGGUUUGAGGCAGUUGUGUCAGAACUUAUUCUCGUCAAGAAUGAGGCCCUGUAUGCCAUCAACAACCUUAAGAAGUGGAUGCAGCCGCAGCAUGUGGAAAGAAACCUGUCCACGACGUUAGACGAGUGUCUGAUGGUCAGUGAGCCGCUGGGGGUUGUGUUUAUCGUGGGGACCUGGUGCAGUCCUGUGGAAACAUGUCUGGUGCCUCUGGUAGGGGCCAUUGCAGCAGGAAACUGUGCAAUCAUCAGCCCCUCUGAGUGCACCGCUCACACUGCAGAGCUCCUGCAUCGCCUUAUCCCCUUCUACUUGGACAAUGAAUGCUUCCAUGUGAUUCUUGCAGGCACACGUGAAGUUGUGGAACUGAAAUUUGACCAUGUCUUCUUUACAGGAAACAGGUCGGAAGGAACCAGAAUUGCUCAGGCUGCAGCUCGCACACUCACGCCUGUCACCCUCAUUUUGGGUGGAAAGAACCCGUGUUAUGUAGACCAAGACUGUGACAUUGCCACCACGGCACAGCGCAUCGCCUGGGCACGUUUUCACAAUGCAGGGCAGAGCUUGGUGGCUCCUUUCUACAUCCUGUGCCACACGACAGUCACAGCACGACUGGUGCAGGCCCUGAAGUGUUGCCUCAUGCAGUUCUACGGGUCUGAUCCCAGAGAGUCAAGCAGUUACGGCCGCAUGGUCAAUCUAGAUAUAUUCAACCGUACGAAGGACAUGCUGUGGAAAUCUGGCAAGGUGGCGGUCGGUGGGCAAGUGAUCGAAGCAGAAAAAUAUAUUGCCCCAACAAUUUUGACAGAAGUAACGGAAUCAAAUCCCAUCAUGCAACAGGACAUUUUUGGCCCAGUUCUUCCUGUUCUGACUGUGAACAAUGUAGAUGAAGCAAUUGCCUUCAUAAAUAAGCAAGAGAAACCCCUCUGCGUGUAUGCGUAUUCGAGCAACAACAAGGUCAUCACAAGACUAAUGAGUGAGACUUCUAGUGGUAGCUUUUGCUCAAACGACAGCAUCCUUCAGAGUCUGAUGGUGGCUCUGCCUUUCGGUGGAGUUGGUGCCAGUGGAAUGGGUUCCUACCAUGGCCGCUACAGCUUUGAUACCUUCUCUCACAGGAAAUCAUGCCUGCUAAGAAGCACACGGUUUGAGUGUGUAACCUAUCUGCGUUAUCCGCCCUAUGAGGAUCACAAUCUGUCUCUCAUGACAUGGGCCAGCACCCUGUCCCAGAAGAGCCAGGGAUGGUGCCACAUCCUGUGACUGUGUGGGAGGGGGUUAACAGAGCCAUGUUGGAAGAAGGCCACUCACUCCCCAAGUGCUGAACUGUUCUGACAUGCAAAUGUUUGUUAAAGUAUUAAAAAUGGCUGAGAAUGUGCUGGGGUAAAGCUACAUCUUACAGAAAAAAGAGCAAUCUACAUAGUAGUUGUUCAAUCUCUGGCUAAACAUAGUUUUA